GAUAAAGUCUUUGUCAAAAGUUCCUUGUGCUUCCCGUUGGGCUUUUGGAAGUUGUUCUCCUUUAUCUUCUAAAUAUUACACUCUGAUUCUUCUUCUUCUGGCCGAUUGAAGAUUGUUGCUGCCGGGAAAUCCAACAUGGCAGACAUGGUUCUUUCAGGAGUUGUCCGAAAACUUGCCGAUAUAGCUGGUAAUCUAAUAGUUAAAGAAGGCUCUCGCUUGUUUAAGUUGAAAGAAAACAUUCUUUGGAUUGAAGAUGAGAUGAAGUGUAUUCAAUCUUACUUGGAAGAUGCUGAUGCAAUACAGCCAGGAAGCAGAGGAUUGACCGACUUGAUCAGAAUUAUGUGGGAUCUUGCUUAUGAUGUAGAGGACAUCAUGGAUGCAUACUUUCCUAAGUUAUCACCACUUGGAAGGAAUAACAGGAAGGGGUGUCUUGGUUGGUUUUCGAAUGCCAAAACUGCCCGUGACUUUGCCCUGGAGAUUGAAGAAAUAAGAAGAAGGGUCGAGGAGAUCAGUCGUCGGAGACAAACUUACCAAGCCCAAGAUACAAGUGGCCGCGCUGAAAGAGAUACAUGGGAUCCGAGAAGAUCUUUUCCUCACAUUGAGGAAGUAAAUGUUGUUGGUUUGGAUGAACACAUUGUGGAAUUGGUGGCCAAAGUGUCGGAUGAGGAUUUAGAGCAUCGGGUGGUCUCAAUUACAGGAAUGGCCGGUCUGGGCAAGACAACACUGGCUAAAAAGGUUUUCAAUUCUGUUCGACAAAGAUUUCAGUGUUCAGCUUGGAUUUAUGUUUCUCAACAGCCAAAUGUAAAUGAGCUUUUGCAAGAUAUAGCAAGGCAAGUUGGCUUGACGGAGAAGGAGCGCAAACACAACUUGGUGGGUAAUUUAUUCCACUUUUUAAGCCGAAACAGGUAUGUGCUAGUACUUGAUGAUAUAUGGCGGAUUGAACCAUGGAAUGCUUUGAAAAAUGGCAUCCCUCUUAGUUCCAUGAUUGGAAGUAGAAUAAUCAUCACUUCUCGGUACAAAUACAUAGGCAUUCAAAUAGGUGGGCAAAAUUUUCUGCAUGAGUUACAACCCUUAGGCCAGGAAAACAGUAGAAAGCUGUUUUUCAAAAUGGUUAUGGCUGCACUACUGAACACUGUCGAAGGUAGUGAUCCCUCAGAAUUGGAAAAUAUUGGUGAGAAAAUACUAAAAAGAUGUGGUGGCGUGCCACUUGCAAUAGUAGUUACAGCAGGCUUGUUGUUAGCAAGAGAAAAGACCAAGCACGCAUGGCAAGGGGUAUUAAAGAGUAUGGGUCAAGAUGAAGACCAAUGCUCGAAGAUCUUUGCUUUGAGUUACCAGGAUUUACCUUCAGAGUUGAAACCAUGUUUUUUAUACUUUGGCCUGUUUCCAGAGGAUCAUGAGAUUUCUGCAUUCAAAAUAAUCAAUUUAUGGGCAGCUGAAGGAUUUAUACGCCGCCGUGGACCAAGGGCGGUUGAGGAUUUAGGGCAGGAUUACCUGAAUCACCUAGUUGGUAGAAACCUUAUUCAAGUUGCUGAGAGGAGGUUCAAUGGGACAGUUAGGCUUUUUCGUAUUCAUGAUAUCUUGCAUGAUCUUUGCAUUAGGAAGGCUAGGGAGAUCAAUUUCUUUAACACUCUCAAUGAUGUAGGCACUUGUGCUGAUUGGCUUACUGCACACAGAGUCUCUAUCCAUCAAAGUGAUGUUGGCAACUCCGUGUCUUCAGGUUAUCAAACUCUGAAGCUUCGUGCGUUGUUGUGUUUCAGUGAUUUAACAAAAUUAAGCAGGAACCAAGUUAAGAAUCUUAUUAGAGGCUUCAAAUUUCUUCGAGUGCUUAGUUUAAUGAGCAAAAAUAUUCCAAGGUCUUUUGAAAAUGAAAUUGUCAAUUUUAAACACUUGCAUCACCUUGAAUUGGGAGUUGGAGGUAUAGAACUUCCUUACACGAUAAGCAAUUUGAAAUGUUUGCUGACCUUGGAUCUUCGUAAAUGUUAUAGCGUUAUCCUCCCAAACGUUAUCUGGAAAAUGAAGCAAUUAAGGCAUAUUCUAUUACCUCUUAGAUGUUGUGCUCGCUCAGUCUGUGGGCUCAACUUGGAUAGGUUCCAUCCAUUUGAAGUUUCUUUACCAAACUUGCAGACCCUCUAUGGACUGCCUGCCAAGGAUUUUGAGGCUGAAUGGUUACACAAACUUGAUAGUUUGAGAACAUUGAAAGUCAAUCACACAACUGAGCGUAUCAUCGAGAUAUUAUCAGGUGCAAGUCCCCUAUCACAGAGGUUAGAAGUAUUGCAUUUAUUAUCGCUGAGUUAUACAAAACAUACUAUAGGUGCUGGAGGAUAUUCCACAUCUAGAUCAACGUUGGAUCUGUCUCAAUAUGUAAACCUUGGGAAGCUACAUUUGGUACUGGACAUAGGGCAUUUUCUGCAACUCGAUAAACUGCCAAUGUAUAUCACGGAGCUUAGCCUUCGGUGCACUGGACUAAAAAUAGACCCAAUGGUGAGUUUGAGGAAACUACCUAAACUUAAGAUCCUUAUGUUAGGCAGUAAUUCAUACAAUGGGAAAGAGAUGGUAUGCUCUGGAGGAACUGGCAGCUUUCCUCAACUCGAAGUAUUGAAAAUUGAAUUACUAUUUCUAAAGGAGAUCGUUAUUGAGGAAGGGGGAAUGCCAAAACUCAAGGACCUUACCUUCAUUGAGUGCAGUCCAAGAAUAACAGUUCCAGAUAGAAUGAGAAAUACAAUCCUGUUUGCCAAGGGAAGAGACAACUGGUUUGGACAUGAGAUAUCUGGCCAUGUACCUGAUCCAUGACUUCGUGUUGGAAGGUGGAAGCGCAGGGACUCAUUAUUUUCUUGAAACGGCUUGCUCAUCUAUCUAUUCUCCUCUGAUCGUUGUAGCAACAAUUGCAGGUGCUUGGUUGCUUGCGAGAGGGUAUCAUCUACCCUGCAGUUUGGGGUUCUGGUUACAGUGUGUCUUUUAGAUGUGUGGCUUCAAUUUCCAAGUGAUGGAUGGAGAGUUGCAUCUGCAGCAGUUGGAUAAAAUCACUUCUGACAGCAAUCUUGUCCGUUGCUACUUCUAAAAACUGUUGAUAUGAUCUAUCUAUUGAUCAAACUCAUAGUCAGGUGGACACUGGGUAAUGAUCAGUUUAGACACUCUUCUCCAACUAAGUCGUAUACCCAUCUAUGAUUGUGAUAAAAUCAACUCUGCCUUUUCAUGUGUCUAUUCAGCCUUGUUUUUUUCUCUUCUUCUCGUGUCUGUUUGGAAAUAAAAUGUUUACCUUUUGAUUUAUGCAUUGAAAAGAGCCGAGUAAAUUCUACUCAAAUUUCUUAUA